AGGGCGCCGGGUCGGUCUGUCUACCCUCACUACCUUCUCUCUCUCUCUCUCUCUCUCUCUCUCUCUCUCUCUCACUGCCAGGACCAGCACACAAUUUAAUCAAUGGCACCGAAGUCAAAACUCAAAACCUAACUUGAACAUACCCUUUCUCUAGUAGCAACUGGCCUGUAGAAAAAAUAGAAGAAACCCCAAAAAUAACCAUAAUGAUGCAUGUGACUUGAAAGUAAAAAAAGGGAGGAAAAAAAUCAUCUUAAGCUGAUUGCUAACUCCCUGAUGUAUAGAGAAAACCCAAGAAUGAUGAAAAGGACAGAGCUCACAUGAGCCGAACCAGAUCACCCAUGGGCCCAUACGCACAAAUCCUCUCUCAAUCCUCAAUCCUCGAAUCCUCAUGGGUCUUUCUUUAAUAGCAGAAAGAAGCGAGAAAAUAUUUGUGGUUCGUUGCUUGUAGAGAGAGAAGAUUUUAGGAAACUAUAAUUGGGAAGCAAAAACCCUCAUACAACAGCUCUCUCUCCCUCUCUCUCUCUGAUGUAGCUAGGUCAACCACAUGAUGAACAGCUUGCCUUCUUUCUUUCUAAUAUUGAAUUACCGUAUGGCUUGUCUUGUUUAGGGUUUUGAGUGUUUUGUUUUUAUAUUUUAUUUUUAGUCAAAGAAGAAGGCACCGACUCUUUGGUUUGUAUUGAGCUAGAUGAUUGCUCCCCCUUUGCUUCUCUUCUUUGUGGCCUCACAGAUUUUGAAAGAGAAAAUCUUCUAAACAAGAAACCAAAUCCUCUAGAGCAGGUGAGGUAAGGCCUUGUUUGUGCUCCAUAUUUCGCUAAAAAGUCGUAACCCCACUUUUUUCUUCUUCUUUUCUUUCUUUCUCCUCAAUCAUCAUUUCUAUUUUGGUUGUUGGAUUUCAAUUCUUCAAGAUCUACUGUGAUCAUAAGAAGCUCUUAGUGGGUCAUCAUGAACUUCGUUGAAGGAGAAAGAGGGGAUUUUGAUAAAGAAGAACAAGGAGAAGAGAAACAGGAAGGAGAGGAAGCUGUGAAGACAAGUAAGCUCCUCUUUUCUUCUCCUUGUACAUCAUCUUCUUCUACCAAGUACACAAAUUUUCUUCCUGGGCACCACAACAUGUGGCCUGGUUCAUUUGAUCAGUCACAACAAGAUAGCAAAACCCAAGAACCAUCUCUCAAUUUUGAUAAGAAGCUAGAGCUCAUGGAAUUAUCACUGGGAAAUAACAAUGAAACUGAGAGAACUAGUGCCGGUGCUGUUGUUGGUGCUAGAGAGUCUAUGGAGAGAGAGCACAUGUUUGACAAAGUAGUGACCCCAAGUGAUGUAGGCAAGCUAAACCGUCUUGUUAUACCAAAGCAACACGCAGAGAGGUACUUCCCUCUUGAUUCUUCAUCGAAUGAAAAAGGCCUCCUCUUGAACUUUGAAGACCGGAACGGCAAGCCAUGGCGGUUCCGGUACUCUUAUUGGAACAGUAGUCAAAGCUAUGUAAUGACCAAAGGUUGGAGCCGGUUUGUAAAAGAAAAAAGGCUUGAUGCAGGCGAUAUUGUGUCGUUCCAACGCGGUGUUGGUGAGUCAGGCAAGCAUCGUCUGUUCAUAGACUGGAGACGCAGGCCUAAUGCACCAGAUCCAACAACAUUCUCACAUUUAGAGCUCCAAAAUCAGCAACACUAUCCACAGUCAGUGCGGUGGGGCAGGCUGUACUCCAUGCCCCAAUCUAAUUUAUCCAUGCAGCAACCUCAAUUGCGACAUUUGAAUUACAGCAUUCAUCCUUAUCAACAACAGCAACAUCAGAAUCGUAAUCAUCAGAAUCAUUAUCAUCAACCGUCUACGAUUAGUUAUGGCAAUUCAGCGCAGUAUUACUUAAGGCCACCAGAGACACUUCAGAUUGGGGCAAUGCAUCAACAAGCUGGAGGAAGUCAUGUCCCACUGGUGAUAGAUUCAGUGCCAGUUGUUCAUGGUAAAACUGCGGGGAAGCGGCUCAGGUUGUUUGGUGUAAACAUGGAUUGUCCUACACAGGAUGAUGGUCAGUCGUCUUCGAUCACAAUGACACAUGGCACAAUGGGUUCAUUCUCUUCUCAUUUGGCUUCCUCUUCUCUCCCUCCUCCUCUCCAAUUAAGGGCGCCCACUAGUGCCCCAAUGCAAGCUGAGUUUUCAAAGAAAGGAAAGAAUUCCUUAUCUUUUGAUCUGGAUCUUUAAUCACAUAUGAAGAUACCAUUUCUUCUGUUCCUUCACAUCUGAUUCCUCAAUAUGGGUACUAGAUUUAGGUAAGAGGCUUUCAAGAAAUUUUCAAGUCUAGCCUUUUUUGAGUUUCUUUUUGUUGAUUGUUUAAAUAUUGUCAGCAAAUUAAAAGAUGAGGUUUUGGGUAUAUUGUGAAGAUCAAAAGAUGGAAGAGUGGUGCAAGAAAUGUGGAGUUUGAAAAACGCUUUCAAUUGUGUAUAAUACAUAUAUACAGAUAAAUAUCAGAAUAUUUCCAUCAAUGUUUUUCUUUUAGUGACUGGUGGCUUAACUUAUUGUUAUAUCUUGACUCUAUACAUGCAAUGGACUCUCCCCAGUUUGUUUGGGUAAAUUUCUGUUCCCUCUUUAGCCAUCAACUUCAAGCUUACUCUCUCUCUUGAUGACAGCAUUUUAUGGUACAUUGCUAGAGAAAGGAUAUAAAGUGGAAACUUCUUUCCUAUUUUCUCUUCUUCUUCUUUUUGUUUUGUUUGUAUUACCUCAUUGGGUUAAUAUUCUUGAUGAUGCUUAGUUGAGUUGGAUUGCAGGUUCUGCGCAGAAAGUUUUCAGCAGCUGUAAAAGUUAGCUUCUGUAUUCUUACUCUUUUUUUACUUUAUUUAUUUUUUAAUCAAUCUCUCUACAUCUUAAAAACUACUACUAGCAUUGUUACAUUUCUUUCUCCGCAACACGAUGUUUCUUUUACAGCCACCUUCUUGUCUGGAUUGCAACAAACACAAACAAAAACUGCUUUUGUGUUGAAAGAGAUUUAUCAAUAAGAUGAUGAAUAUGGGAUUCAAUAUGCAUCCUUCUUUACAUGAUAGCAUCUUCACAACCCAUAACAUUUUGUACUGAGCUUUGGCUCUGUCUGUGGUCAAGACUGCUGUCAUUUCGAAGGUACAAUUACUGCCUUCACGGAUGGUUCCUGAAAAUUCCUUUUAUGGUAUGUGCACUGCCAACAAAUCUUCUCCUGGUGCUUUGAUGUUUUUGUUCAUACUUCAAAACCUAAUAAAUUAAUUUCAUCAUGUUAGAGAGAUCAUAUCUUCGGGAAGCUGCUAAAAUAUUCUGUUUCUAAUUGCACAAAAGAUCAUUAAUUUGGGCAUUGAGCUCAAGAGAGACCACGUUAAGACCCCUAAAUCUUCAAAAAUAUUAUAAAUCUUUGGAAUUGGUUCUUCAAUUUAUGGAAGCUUGAUGGAUAGCGUCUCUGUCAGAAACUCUGCAGUUUUUCACCUCAUGUGGACGUCACUACAAAACACCUACCGGUCAUAAAAGUAGAAUCCAAAAAAUCUUUGCAAACAAAUCAACUCUCAAUUAGGGAAGAAAAUGACUGUAAUUAAUAUAACAAAAACAAUGAAAGUAAUAAUUAAGUACAUUAAGAAGAAGUUAAUUAGAUCAAUUCAUGCACAUGCAUGAUUGGAAGCCAAAACUAUGUUUUGGUCGGAAUAAGUAUACGUGUACCUACACACACUACAUGUUCUUUCACAUCUGAUUACUGUUAGUAAUUCGAUGAGUACAUGUAAUUAAUUAUGUACAUUGGUAUACUUAAUUUGGGAAGCAUGACGUUAUGGUCAAAGAGAUUGUUGUGCCUAAGAUAUUGUUUGAAGCCGCAAAACUCAUCCAUUGAUUUGGACACCUGAGUCACGACUUCAAUUAAAGUAGUUGGAGCUUUGAUAAUUUAGACAGUAAAACGGCCUCUUUUAGACAAUUGUGGAGAUUUUAUCAACUUUUGGCUAAUAAGAAGAUAGCCAAAAAAGUAGAAAAAAGAAGAAGAAGAAGAAGAAGAAAAGCCAUUAAAGCACGGCUGCUGCAACAAAAAAAAACACGUGAUCACGGCCAUUGACUAUGGAUCCAUUAUAUGGAACCAACUGUUUUUCACUAAAAGAAAACAGAAGACAUUCAUCGAAUCAAAUUUAAGCAGUUGAUUAGCAAUAAUAUUCGAUAAUUACUGUAUGUUCAAUGUAAAAUUGCUCCAUAAAGCUAUAUAAUUACACAUUUCUUCUUCUUCUUCAGACCAACGAUUUUUUUGUAUGUAUGAGAGUCCAUUUGCUUUGCAUGGUAAAAAUACCUUUGGGAAUUGAUGAUAAAAUUAGUUGAAUGUUUUCCCAAUUAGAAAAUGCUGUCCACGAUUAGAGAUAAAUAACGAAUUAAGUUUUUCAUUAUGAAAUGCAAUAGGGGAUUAAAGAUUCAAAUUCGAAUAUAUCACAGAAAGUGAAGAUUUAAUGAUGGGAUAUGAUAUCAACCAAAUCCUGAGCAGAUAUAUACUCCAUGCUUCUUUCAUCAGAAUCAUGUGAACAAAUCUAGCUGAUAUAUUAUCUUAGUCAUAUUUUAAGUAAGCUAUCCACAUCCAGACUAAUGUAAUCACAGAUAUAUAUAUUCUUUCUUGUGACCUGCCCUCAAAUUCAAACCUCAGAUGAUUAGGGGGGAGGAAAUCCACUAACCACCAGAUUCCAAAGUGUCUUAUGAUUUGUAACAAAAUUAAUGUAUAUGUUGUUGAUGUGUUAAUUUUAGUGCAGGUAGAGGAAGGCAUUCAUGGUAACCAUAUAUGUCAUCAUUUUUAUGUUUUCACAGUUUGUUAAAUUCAUAUUAAUCAGUUGCUUGCACAAUGGGAUUAUGUUAUUAAAUGAGCCUUUCAAUCUAUCAUUCCUUCUAUAUAUGAUCAUCUUGUCGGUAAGUGUUUUCUUAAUUUAAGAUGAUACAUCAUUAAUUGAUUCCUUCUUAAUUAAGUUUGAUUUGUGCAGCCCUAAACUGAGUUCCAUGAUCUUACACCGAUCGUCCUCGUGCUGCACGUAUCAGAAAUGCUCUAUUAUACAUUUUGCCUCCAUAGCAAAACGAUGAUAUAUAUAUUUUUUGAGGAAUAGAAUUGGCAUGUACAAUUUCCCUCCCAGCUAGCUAACCUACUUUUGAUUAUGAGAAUGCAAUCGCCGAGUUCGACGGCAAGCUCUAGCUAGCUAGGAUGUGUACCCGUUAGGGGGUUGCAACUGAUCAAUCUUUGCCAUAUGAGCCAAGAGCUAGCAAGCCAAGCUUUCUGAUGUAAACAGCUGACCACUGCUGCUUGUAAUAGCACAUGUAUCAGAGUACUUUCAAAAGAAACGGACGGCAUAUACGUGCCACCCACUUGUAUUUCUUGGGUACUAUUUACCUAAUUUGGCCUCAAACCUGUACACUCGUUUCUUUAUAUAUGCUUUUACUCGGCUUUCCUGAUCGAAGCAAUGUUACAUUGAAAAUAAUCUCGAAUCAAUGCAGAAUAUUUUAUUAUCUCA